ACCUUCUAACAUGGCUUCAGUAGUAAAAACUCUGUCCCUUUGCCUGUGCCUCAUUGCAUUUGUUACACUGGAAAUCAAAGCCCAAACCAUCGAUCGCACUUCGGAGUUUCAAGCCCUCUGUGAUAGAUACAGAACGGUGAUGAACGACUGUGAAGAAAAACUUCCCGGGCUAGUGACUGCUGAUGAGCAGGCUUUGCUGAAUUCCGCCGAUAAUAAUCAGGUGUGUUUGGAAGAGGAAGGUGAAACAAACUUUGCCGAUGCUUGUGAGAUCUUGGAGAGCGUUUGCAUCCGAGUUGUCUCGUGUCCUGCUUCAGCUCGUUUUAGACGUUCUUCCUCUGUCUCUGCCUCUGCUGAAUCAUCCGUUGAGUCUAGUGAAACAGACUAAGAAAGCCAUCGCCAAAUAUCGUCUUUGAAGAAGA